AUGAUGGAUCUGGCAUCAAUGUUGAAUGAAGGCGGCGGGCCACCUCCCCCCGCCGCGCCAGCUUCAGGCAAACCUCCGCCUCACGCUCCAGCUCCAGCUCCCUCUCGACAGCACACACAUCAGCAGCAUCCACAGCACCCACACCCCUCGACCCCCGUCCAAACUGUUCCGCCACCUCACGCUUUUCGCGACCACAGCCAACCGGUGCAAGCAUCGCCUGCUCGAACCCUGUCGCACGAACACGUCGUUCACCAGACUCCCUUCGCAUCCCCCCCGACCUAUCCAUCCGCCUCGACACCCUACGGUGCUCCCGCUCGCCCUGCGCCGCCGCCUCUACAACAGCUGUCCGCCAACAAUGUGCGCUCGCCAAGCGCAGGUUCUGUCCACAUCCCUCCAUCACCUUACAGCAGACAGGCCUCGGCGGGCACUGCGAGCGCGGGCUACCCGUUCCCAAGCCCAGGUCACCCCCUUCCAGACUCUGCAAGCCCGGUUCAGCAAAGCCGAUAUCCUCCUGGAGUCGCUUACCAACCCAGGGACAGCUAUUCACACGGUUCAGUUCCCAUUCAAAGCCCAGGGCCUGCUGCUGUCUACUCCCAAGGCCACCAUUCCAUCCCACCGCAGACUCCCCCAGUAGGGACACCUGGCGGCGCUCACCCGUAUCUGGCCCAGCACCAGCGGUCAAUGUCGAUUCACUCGAACUCGACGCCAACCUCCGCUCAAAGUCAGCACCAAUUUCUGCCCCAGCAAUUUGCCAGUCCCAGCUCCACGGGCCAUCAGCAGCCUCCAGAGCGCAUCCGACAACCAUCCCAGCCUUCGACGCCUCUCGGCCCACCUUUGUCUGCCGGACAAAGACAACAGUCUGCUGGGCCACCCGGUUUUGCGCAGCCACAGAGCCCGUACCAGCAGCGCCUGCCCUCCUCUGGGCAACCGUACCCACCGUAUCCGAGUCAACAGCCGCAGCAGCAACAGCAGCAGCCGCCGCCCCAGGUCUCACCUCGUGUACCCCCACGUCCACAAGCCUCGCCUUAUCCUUCCGUGCAACGAACCUCCAGCAUGCUCGAAAAUUCUCAAGCGACGGACGCCCAACGUCGGUCCCUGUCCCAUAGCGAGCGCGGCCGGAGCCUCAGUGUCAGCCCCAAGACCCGCGUCCCAAGCUUGCCGUCCAGCGCUGGGCAUCAUUCACAAGCUUCUAUCUCUGGCCCGUCUGGCCAACCCAGCGACUGGGACCAUCGAGAACCUCAACAAAUGCCCCCCAAUUCCUUGCAAGGAAGGGCCGAGGCUCCACCUGCAUCCGCCACGAGGCUGGAACGUGCCUCGACCCCUGCCAAGCGAAAGAUGGACGACAGGGAUGUCCAACCUGACGAGCUUGACCGACAAGAACCCCGACCACCUCCUUUCGAAGCCAACGGCGUACACAGACAACACACAUCUACCCGCCCGGGUCGCUCCUCGAACUCACCAAUGAUAGCUCGGCGAAAGCGACGGCAUGCUGCGCCUCCAAUAUGGGCGCAUGUAUACAACAAGGAAUCUCUCAGGAACGCCAACUUCACUCUUCGCAAAUCAACUGGAAAUCAUGGCCAGAUCAACGGCAAGGCUGAUCAGUCGAACUCGGCCCGUCAAGACCGAUCAGCCAGCCGACACGCCUCCCCCGAAACAGCACGGUCCAACGCGCAGGCUUCAGCGCCGCCCCCAGCAUCGAAUCAGACGCCCCCAGCCCCAGCGACCAGCCAGAAGCCGAACCUUUUGGGACCAUGGGAGAUAACAGUCAGCAACUCAACGCCGUUUGAUGAGAUGUGCAGGACCGUCGCGGAUUUCUUGUUUGUGCUUGUGGUGAACAAUUCGGAACUAGGCAGCAUACAUGACCCCAACAACGGCGUUCAAUAUGAGAUAGAGGCCAAGCUGGGUCACCUAACCGAUCGGAACUCACCAAAUCAGCGGAUGCCUUUCCAAGUUCAGUCAGAGGCAGUUCUUGCUCACAGCAACAAUACCAGCUUCGUUAGCAGCAUGACGGAGGCGCAACACAAGGGCUACAACGAGUUUCUCAACUUUCUGGUUGCCGAGGCCAGCCCUCAGAACCCUAAGAACAGGAACUCACCUGAUGCACGAGUACCUAUCAACUAUGUUCACCUUCAUGAAUCGGACAGGUUUUACAAGGUGCCCAACCACAUGCGCCAGAAUCUCCAUCCUGCUCUCCACCAACUGCUUGGUAACAAGUCGGCGGCGGUAAGGGUCACGACCGACCAGAAGACUGGCAAAGCCAAGGCCGCGAUCAUCAAGGGCAAAGUUGCCGACCUGCAUAUUGUGUUUCCUCAGUGUGAUCUGGACUGCCGGAUCAGCGUCAAUGUGGAAGUGGACUGGACGCAUCCUAUUGAUGAGCUUGAGGAGCUGAACCAGGCUGGGGGGCGGGACAGCAAGGCGGACCGACACAAAGACCGUCUGAGUUACAGGCAGGGCAACUACCGGGUUGACCUCACGCAGGUCACGCAGACAGAGCCCGGUCCUAAUCAUACGUCUCACCACGUCAAAAUUCAUGAGCUGGAAAUCGAGCUGGACGCCGGUGCCGUCAUUGAGCAGGGUGGCCGGGCUAUGCGUGGCGAGCCACACAACUACGAUUUCCUUGUCGAAGGUUUCGUCAACAAUAUUCGCAUGCUGGCGAGAAAGGCACGAGAAUUGGUGCCGCCGGCUUGA